AUGUUAGAAGAUGCUUUUUCAGAAGAAGACAUCUGGGAAUACAAAUCCAGAAGAAAACCAAAACGAGUACAUCCAAAUAAUUGCUCUGAGAAUAUUCCAGAAUCUGUUGAAAAAGCAACAGAUGGACAACACCAGUCAAAACGAAACAGAAAUAAAAAAAGGACUGUAGAAACUAAAAAGAAGGCCAAGACCCCAGAAACGUGCCUUAGAGAAACAGUCAGUCAGACUUCCGUAGCUUCCAGUCAGAACUCCACUUGCGGAGAUGGUAUUCAACAGGGCCAAGACACGGAGGCCACUCCAGAAAAGCGCUGUAGGACUCACAAAGACAAACACGUGUCUCCAAAGACACGACCGGUUUAUGAUGGGUACUGUCCCAACUGCCAGAUGCCUUUUUCCUCCUUACUAGGUCAGACACCUCGAUGGCAUGUUUUUGAGUGUUUGGAUUCCACACCAGUCUCCGCAACAGAGUGUCCUGAUGGCCUUCAGUGUUCCUCAACAAUUCCUUCUCAUUACCAGAGAUACACUCACCUUCUGCUAGCUCAAAGCAGGGCUGGUAAUAGUCCUCUCAGGGAUCCUUCCCAUGGAUCAGGUUGGAGUUUCAGUGAGACUAAUUCAGACUUUCUUUGUAGCCUUGAGAAAAGAUGGUCUUCACAUCAGAAACAAACAGAAAUCUUAAAAAAUGUUUCAAUUGAUCCCUUGCUAGUGACACAAUGUCUAAAAAGCUCUCAGUCUCCAACUGAAACCCAUAAAAAGAUUUCCUCUUUGACAAAUAUCCAAACUUCCCAACAAGUCACACAAUUUACAGGACAUGUUAAUAGUGACAAACUGGUAGGAGUUGGUUUGCCUCUUGUUGAAGAAUUAGACAGCCAAAACAACCCAGAACAAAGAAAUUUGCCAUUGCCAGAAAAUGACUUUAGCAACUGUGAAAUCUCCUAUUCUCCACUUCAAAGUGAUGAAGAAACUUAUGAUACAUAUGAUAAGCUGGAUGAUUCACAACAGAAACUAUUUUUCAUGGAAAGCUCUAAAGAUGGCAGCCUAGAAGAAGAUGACAACAGCUCCACUUUGUCUAAAAAACUAUAUGACCCCUUACUGAAGGACCAGGAGGCCUGCCCCGAAGUGGAUAGCUUCUUAAUGCAGGAUAAAUACAAUGAAGAAUUGUAUGAAUGCAACUCUCUUAAUGAUUCGUCUCAACUUACUUUCCAAAAUAAGAGAUUUGUUUCAUGUGGUCAUCCAGCAUAUACUGAUGAUGAUUUUAUGUUGCUUCCACCUGCAUUAGCAGAGACGUUUACUUCUCCUAGUUACCAAGCCUCUAAAGCAAAACCUAAUGAGCCAGAAUUUCACUCCUCUCAAUCAAACAAAGAGAAACAGGUGAUUGAAGAAUCAGCUGUUUACAAUCAAAACUCUCUUCCAUUACUUAAGAGUAAAAUGCCAAAACCUUUUGAAAACCAGAGAGGAGGGUGUCAUUCUGUCCACCCAACCCAAAGUAAAAUCAGAGAAUUAUCAAAUAAGAAUUCCAAUGCUAAGAACAACGCAAACUCAGCAUGUUUCUGCAGAAAGACAUUAGAUGGUAUGCUGGACAAUCAAGUUCCGGUUUUAAAUUCAGAAACAUUUUCUAGUACACCUACUGUUGCUAAGCCUUCGAAAAUGUCGCCCUCUGGCCCUAAGUGUCAUGCAACACAGCCUUCUACUAAGGUAAUGAAGCAGAUGGAUAUAGGUGUGUAUUUUGGACUGCCACCCAAAAGAAAAGAAGAGAAAGUGCUGGAGGAAAGUUCAUUAGAAGGGGUGAACUUCAAUACAGCUAUAAGUCCUAAUGAAAAGAGGUCCCAGCAGCGCAAGAGGAAAGCAGAAAAAUCUUUAAGUGAUUUAGAAUUAGAGGCAAAGAAUUUAAGUGAAAGUCAGCCCUCUCUGGAGCUUUCUGAUAAGGGGUCACAGCGUCAAAGAAAGAGACUUAAAAAGUCAGAUUCAUUGCAGGAAGGAGGACAUCAGAAGAAUCCAGGUCACCUUAAAAAGACAGUGCCUGGAACAGUCAAUUUAAGUAAAGACAAAGCCUUCAUGAAAUCAACUCGUCGCAGGGUGCAGAGGGAGAACACGAAAAUCUCAGAGUCAUCUAAUGCAGGAGAAUUAAGGAAAAGGACAUGUCCAUUCUAUAAGAGAAUACCUGGAACUGGCUUUACGGUCGAUGCCUUUCAGUAUGGAUGGGUUGAAGGUUGCACUGCCUAUUUUCUCACUCAUUUCCAUUCUGAUCAUUACGCUGGAUUGUCUAAAAACUUCACGUUUCCCAUUUAUUGUAGUGAGAUAACUGGCAAUUUGUUGAAGAGGAAACUUCACGUACAAGAACAAUAUAUCCAUCCAUUGCCAAUAGACACUGAAUGUAUAGUGAAUGGUAUCAAGGUUAUUUUGCUAGAUGCCAAUCACUGUCCAGGUGCUGUCAUGAUCCUUUUUUAUCUUCCUAACGGUCAUGUCAUACUACAUACGGGAGACUUCAGGGCAGACCCCAGCAUGGAACGUUCUCUACUUGUAGGCCAGAAAGUCCACACGCUUUACUUAGAUACAACAUAUUGCAGCCCAGAAUACUCUUUUCCGUCUCAGCAAGAGGUUAUCCAGUUUGCCAUCAACACUGCCUUUGAGACUGUAACUCUAAACCCAUGGGCUCUUGUUGUCUGUGGCACUUACUCUAUUGGAAAAGAGAAAAUCUUCCUAGCCAUUGCUGAUGUUCUAGGUUCAAAAGUAGGCAUGUCCAAAGAAAAAUAUAGCACAUUACAGUGCUUCAAUAUGCCAGAAGUCAAUUCCCUCAUCACUACAGACAUGUGCAAUUCACUGGUCCACCUUCUCCCAAUGACGCAAAUUAAUUUUAAGGGUUUACAGAAUCACUUGAAGAAGUGUGGUGGGAAAUACAAUCAGAUUUUGGCUUUUCGGCCUACAGGUUGGACGCAUUCUAACAAGUUAACUAGACUAACAGAUAUUAUUCCCCAGACCAAAGGAAACAUUUCAAUAUAUGGGAUUCCUUACAGUGAACACAGCAGCUACCUAGAGAUGAAACGUUUUGUUCAGUGGCUGAGGCCGCAGAAAAUCAUACCUACUGUGAAUGUGGGCACCUUGAAAUCUAGACGCACAAUGGAGAAAUAUUUUCAAGAGUGGAAACUGGAAGCUGGAUAUUGA